UUUCAAGUUCGACUCGUUAAAGGUUUUCGUCUGCUAACUAUGAGGACUUGUAUCGUCGGCUGGUUAUCACUAACCUUUCUGUUUGUCUGGAGCCGGGUAACAGCAACCAUGACGUGUUUAGAUGACAAAUUAGAUGUUGCUUCCAAAGCUUACCUUGCUCCAAUUGUGUUUCAGGGUCGUCUUAUAAGAUUGCAAUAUUCUCCAACCAUUAAGAAAUUAAAAUUUCGUGUCAAGAAAAUUUACAAGAACGACAAAGAUGUAUCGCUUCAGAAAAACUAUGCUGUUUACCUGAACUUUCUCACUAAGAACUCUUGCCUCAACACUUUCAAAAUAAAAGACUUUCAACGAAAAGGGAAAUUCGUCGUUUUUGCAUCAGCACAACCACCAAUACAACCCAGAAACUCCUUUAAAAAAAGUUUUGUGGCUGUCGCUAUGCCAUUAAGGUUGAAUCGAAAGACAGAUAGAACAGUGAGGAAAAUAUUGUGCCAAGGAUGUGCCAAGCCACCAUCUGCCAGAAUUCAUCCUAUUAGAGUGAAAACCAAGCUGAAGACACAGUUCAAGUUGCGGUGUAAACUUAAAGGGAACCCAUGGCCUCAAGUGCAGUGGUACAAAAAUAAAAAACUCAUCAAAGAAAACGAAAGGAUUCAAAUAGAAACAAAAAGGAAAAGUUCUGUAAUAACUGUUAAGCGAGUUAAGAGACGGGAUGGUGGAUGGUACGAAUGCCGAGCGACAAACAUCUUGGCACCACUGACUAUUAGUAAGGUUAAAGUAGUAAUUACUGGAUCAAGAAAGUCAACUAAAUCAUCUGAAAAUAGUACUGAAUAUACACCUUGGCACUUCAAAAGAUCACCGUGUAAUGUUCGGUCCUUCUGUUUAAAUGGAGGAACGUGUACCAUGAUCGAGUCUCUACAGGAGCGGGUGUGUGAAUGUGCUGAUGGUUAUAAAGGACGGCGAUGUGAGCAAAAAGAUACGACCUACACAUUUGUGCUGCCACAGACUUCAGCGGAUAUUGUAACCACAACAAAAAUUCUAGAGUCUGUUUUGGGAAAAUAAAAUGAAUUACACCAACAAGCAGAUGAGAUACUUAAUACCUUGUGACAAACAGUUUUACAGAAGUAUCUAGAAUCUCAUCAGAGACAAAGCAUGUUGGAAUAAUAGAUAGAGGAACUUGAAAAUUAUCAAAAGACUUUACUUAAAGGAACAUUAUGUUUAAUGGAUGGAGAAACAAUAGCUACUCCUAUACCACCACCACUACCUAUAAGUAACAGUGGUCGGUCAACUGGAAUACCACCACCUCUGGGAUAGAUGGAAUCUCCUACAGAUGCCAUGACAAUCAAGAAAAUAUACCAGACAACGUUCAAGCUACCUACUCUUAAUUGGACAGCACUUAAGCCAAACCAAGUAAAGAGGACUGUGUUUAAUGAACUGGAUGUAGAUAAGUUGUACAAGCUUACCAGAGUUAAAAGAUUAACCCAAAAACUUAACAUCAUGAGCUACAUUGGAAGCUUUGAUGAAAAUAUUCAACUUCUUACACUGCAAGUUCACUCCAUUAUCACAGCUUCGAGGUCAACUAUAAAUUGUAAAAAUAUAUAAAAACUGCUAGAGGUCCACAAAUAUCCAGUUAUUGCGAGAAUUUGGUAACUGUGUGCUAGGUUCAUCCUUGUAAUACCACGGUGGUAAAACAUAACAUCUGUGAUAUAAGUUACAUACUUGUGUGAUUUGUCUUCACAGAUCAUCUUAGCUUUUGGUAACUACAUGAAUGGAGAUAAACGACGACCAACAUAUGGCUUUAAACUACAGAUCUUGGACUUGCUAGGAGACAUCAAGUCUACAAAUCGUAAGAUUUCGUUAUUACACUACAUUGCGGAUACUGUCCAGUCUAAGUUUCCUGAUGUUAUGAACCUAGAAUCAGAACUACAAUUUGUAGAGAAAGAUGCAGAAGGUAUGUUUGUUUAG